AUGGAACUAAAGAAGAAGCGCGGAAGUCAUAUCAUAAGAAGAGAAUUAAAUGUAGAUAUGGAUACGGGAAGUGAAUCAGACAAUGAAAUGGAUGCCAAUAGUGCGGGCAUGAUGAUUUCUGGAGGACGGCGAUGGAACACAUCAAAGGAGACAAAGGAUGACAAGACGUUCAUGCAUCCAGGAAAUUGGCUUACUAUGAUCGAGAAGCGAUGUCUGGACGUUAACGGGUCACAUAACAUGAUUAGUGGAGAUUAUGAUGUAAACAGCAAUCUUCAGGCUGCUGAUAACAUGAAUUGGAUCUCCCUACCGACACCUGGGUUAUUCGGACUUGACCAGGAUCUUGUGUCGCCACUUGAUUCAGUGGCACCAUCCUUAUCGUUUAGCGAGGAUUACAGCACCCCAGGGCCCUCAGAACCACCAUUUACACCAGAACAAUAUACAAUCCAUUCUGUCGAUGAUGAAUCCAAUGAACAAGCAACGAACGGUCCAUACGUCAUUGGCACUGCAACGGAUGUAAUUACGGAGGCUGCCUUAGAGAGUUUGAUUCCCUUGGCGGAGUUAAUUUGUAACAAUUACCCAGGCCAAAUAUCGUGUGGGGUCGGUAAUGAAUACGAGGUUCAGGAGAUGGAUCGUGCGGCGGAAGAAAUGAUGGAAUAUAUCGUAGCAGAUGAUGACGACGAGGAUAUCAUGAAUACCGUGAGCAAUAACAACGCCUGGAACAAUUUCGUUGAUGCUUCGAAUACUUUGUAA